UAAUGAGUGACGAUACCGACGCAGCAAUGUAAACAUACGUCAAGAAAUAUCACUAUUACCACUGUACAGACUAACCGGAGAACUUGUUUAAUCGAUAAAACUGUUAAGAGAGAUUAUUUAUCAUGUUAACCAUUAUGACGAGAUCUUACAUAAUUCCAAGGUUGUCUUGCAGUCUAUUCCUUCCUAGAAUUUCAAUUAAAAAACGAACUACUCUACAACUGAAUAGGCCCAUCAGCAUUAUUGCAGGUUAUGUCAAUCACAAUUCAAUACGUUUUUCAAAGAGAAAUCCACGAACGUUAUUGCAAUUAUCUAUAAAAAAUUUCAGUAUAACUACUAAGCAUUUGACAGAAAGCGAACUUAGCUCUGUGCAAUACGAAAAAGUCUGUGAUGAAACUUUGGAUUCAUUAACUGAGUACUUUGAGGAAUUGAUUGAAGCAGUGGUGCAUUUGCCAGAUGCUGAUGUGUCUUAUGGAGAUGGAGUUUUAACUGUGAAAUUUGGCGAGCCAUAUGGUACUUAUGUUAUAAACCGCCAAACACCGAACAAGCAAAUUUGGCUCUCCUCUCCAAAAUCUGGACCCAAACGUUAUGAUUUUGUAAAUAGCCAAUGGAUAUACAAACACGAUGGCAAAACCUUACAUGAAUUACUUAAUCAUGAAAUAUCGACAAUUGUAAAAUUUGAAGUAUGCUUUGACAAAUGUUCCUUUAGUGGUAGAGAGAAACAAGUUGUGAUGGAUAAUUCUAAAAAAUAAUAUUAAUAGAAGUUAAUUACACAAUUGCGCGAAUUUAUAAUCUAUUUGAUAUAAUUAUAAAGAUUAUUAGGCAUUAAUGAAGGAAGUCUGAUUUACAAAAAUUGUACAUAAAUACUAAUAUAAAAAGAUAAGAAAUCAGUAUAAGUGCAUUAGUAACAACGAUUAAAGAAACUUCAUGUAAGUAAUUUUAAUAUUAAGUUAUAUAUUGCAUAUUUGCACUGUAGUGGCAAUGAAUUUCUAUAAUAGCACGUGUACGUUGUUAUUUAUUAUUAUACUUUAUAUUGCAAGCAUAUGGAACAUAGA